AUGAAUUAUUCGAGAGGUCCAAGUAGAAGAGUGAAUCCAUCCGGUCGAUCCAAGAAGGGAUGGUGCCUUCUAGAUGGUUCCACGAGAGAUCAAGCAGCUGCAAAUUUCGACAGUUUUGAAGCCAGCUCGGGAUUUGACCGGUCAAAGCGCAGUUCGCAACAGCCAAAAGGGAUAGCCUCUCGAGCCCGUUUACAUUCUCGGGAAUUCGUUCGCCGUGAAAGGCCCGAAAAACGGUUCCCGCCUAAAUCGAGGGUGCAGAGAUUAGAAAGCCGGGAGAAAUCGAAAUCGAUAGGGCCGGAGAGCGAGUUGUUUCUGAAAUCGAGCACGUCUAGUUUCGAACAAAGUGCCAAAGUCGAGGGGACUGAACCGGAGAACAAAUUCGAAUGCACGUCGAGAUGCUCAAGUCGAGUCAAAUUCUCAAAUACAUCGGGAAAAGGGCCGGAAAAUCGAUUGCCGGAAAGAAUUAGGGUUCUGAGAUUGGUGAGCUUGCCGAUUUUCGGGCUUAUCUGGCCUGAAAAGUUAUUUGUGGAGACUGAAAGCACUUCCAAGGAAGAAAUCGAGUAUAACGACUCGGAAAAUUCUCCCGAGAAGGAAUUUGAAUCCAUAACAAGCUGCUGGAGAGAGGCUCUGCUGCAAUUGUUGUACAACCCUUCAAGCCCACCGGUAAACCCAUUGGACGAUAUAUCAAGAACUCGAAUAUUUUCAAAGAAACUGCAGUUUAGCGAGCCGAGUUGCCCAGCGAACAAAUUGUUACUUAUGUUCAAUGCAACAAGAUUCGAAAAACUCCAAAAAUCGCUCAAAUUUCCAGUGAACGAGUUCCCAGAAAUGUUAAGCGAACGAAUCGAUUUCAAGCCGGUAAUUCGCUCGACUGCAGGCCCGAACAGCUUGUUAGAGAAUCCAGAGGGCAAAUCACCUUCCAAAGAGUUGUGUGAAAGAUCAAUAAAUUUCAAACCAUCCAAUUUGAUAACAGUGUCUGGAAAUUUCCCCUUCAAGUCUUUUCCAGAAAGGUUCAACAUGGUCACUCGAGCAACGGCCGAUUUACCGGCAUUGUUGUUAGUUUCACAGACAAUGCCUUCCCAUUCACAACAGUUAUCGGAUAUAUUUGACCAAGAGAAUUUGAUAGAGCCGUUAAUUAAUUGGCUGGCGAAUUCCUUCAGUGCUGAUAGAUCGUUCGGAUGA